CAAUUUGAUUUUCUGACCUGUUCGACCUGUUAUCAUAAUCUUCGUGAUCUCCAACUUUGUCUUCUCGAGCUCCCUAUAUAUACGCACCAGAAAAAUCUUCCUCAUAGAAUCAACAUAUUCAUAUAUAUUCAAAACUGUAUCUUUAGAGAGAAAGCUAGAGAGGGAGAGAGAGGCUAGGGUACGUGAUAUAUGGCUGGUUUGCAAAGAUCUUCAAUGUCUUUCAGAAGGCAAGGCUCUUCAGGGUUUGUGUGGGAUGACAGGUUCUUGUCCGGAGAGCUAAAGCAACAACAACCAGCACAAGACCAAGAAAGCUCUGAGGAGAAUGAGAUUGUCAUAGUUAAGGAUGUUAAGCCACUGAGGCCAAUCAAGACUGUACAACGAAGCAGAUCCAACGGCGGAGGAUGCGGCUACCGGAGCUCUGGGAAGAUCUCGCCGGCUAUUGAACCACCGUCGCCAAAGGUCUCUGCAUGUGGGUUUUGUGGGGGUUUCGGUAAAUCCUCCAAGAACAAUGCGGUUCGGGGAGCAAAGCCUGGCAAGCGUAGCCGAUCACGUUACUGAUCGAUGACGUGGAUCUUCAACAAUCCGGCACCUGGAAUGGUGGCAUACUCCGGUGGGAUGUAUAGAAGUUUCUCUUAUAGGGGUUUAGUGUACGUCAGAUAUGUAAUCACUACUUUUGGGGUUUGCUUGAUGUUUGAUAUAUGGAUGAUGCUCAUGUAACAAUGUUCAUGUUCUAAAGUUAAGACAUGGUUUUAUUAUGGUAAUGAGUAAAUGUAAUUAAUUAUGGCCUUGGGUGUGUA